AUGGCACCAUCAGCAGAAGUUGGGCCUUUAAUUCGAUAUUCACCCGAAACAAAAUGGUACGAUUAUGGAGAUCUGGAAUGUGCUGAGCAACUAACCUCUGAUUUGAAUCAUCUUAGUAGCAUCGAAGAACAAGCAGAAAUUUUGUUGAAAAGAGAUUGUGAGUUGCAAUGGCAGGUGCAAAGUAAGAAAAACAUGACUGAAACAGCAUGGCUGAGUAUGGUUUUGACGCGUGGUACUGCUAAUGAUAAAGUAACUGCUAUGCAGAUAUUGACGCAACGAUAUCCAGUUCAUUCCCUUGCGCAUGUAGCUGCAUUGGUUAGUACUGUCGCGAAGAAAAAUACAAGGGAAGCAUUUUCUGUACUCGGCUUACUAAAAGACUUAUUUAUCAGUGAAUUAUUACCGCCAAAGCGAAAAUUAAUCCCCUUUGCAGCGAGACCAGUGGAUAAAAUAAAUUUGUCAUCACUGGGCAAGGAUUUUAAUUUAAAAAGAAAGCUUAUACUCUGGAAAUUUGAAUCGGACUUGAAAGCCGUAUAUGAGAAAUUCAUUGCUGCAAUUGAGCGACUGGCUGGAGAAAAUAUAGAAAAAGUGAGCAUAAUGUCUUGUCGUUACGCUUUGGAACUAUUGAUCGCACGUGCUGAACAGGAACAGAAAUUGCUAUCCCUGCUUGUCAACAAACUUGGACACCCAAACAAAACAUUGGCUACACGUGUUUGUGGAUAUUUGCUGCAGUUGACCAGAAAACAACCGCUAAUGCGUCAUGUUGUUGUUAAAGAAGUGGAGCGACUUAUCUAUCGAAAGAAUAUUUCAUGUUGUGCACAGCUUCAUGCAAUCUCAUUUUUGUCUCAAAUGAAUCUGCAUGGCUGUGAUUCAACGCUUGCAUCAACAUUGCUUAAUAUCUAUAUAGGACUGUUUCGAAUGUUAGUUUUGAAUAAGAAAAUCGAUGACAAAAUGUUAAAUGUUUUAUUGUUGGCUACGAAUCGGGCAUUUUCCUAUGCGAAAGGUGAUGCAGACAAAUUGAUGAAAGAAAUCGAUACUUUGUACAAAAUUUUGCACCAGUCAAAUUUUUCAGUUGCUUUGCAGACACUGAAGUUAUUAUAUCAGCUUCUUACAACGAGUGAGGGGAUUUCGGAUCGUUUCUAUGCUGCUCUUUAUCGACGUAUAUUGGAUCUUCAACAUAGCACAAAUGCUGAUAGGCAAUUGUUUUCAUUGUUAUAUCAAGCUUUAUCUUCGGAUACUGUUGAAUAUAGAGUUAUUGCAUUCAUCAAGCGUCUUCUGCAGCUGUCUCUGUGUCGAAAUGCUCCAUUUGCUGCUGCAACGUUAAUUUUGAUUUCACGAUUGACUGAGAAGCGACCGUCAUUAUUAAUAACUAAAAAAGCUGCUGAUCUUACAAAAUUCAGUGAAAAUAUGAAAGCGGAAGUUUUCGAUGAUGACGAGGAAGUGUGUCAUGAUUAUGAUUCCUCCACAGAAACAGUAACUGACGAAAUUCCCAUAAAGUCAACAUAUGAAAGUAAUAAGAAGGUGACUACUGAUGUCAAACCGAGUGAAAGGAAGAUUUCCGGAUGGAUGCACAAAAAUAACAUUGUGGUGCGAAGCAAUGCAAUAAGAUACGAUCCAAUGGUUAGAAAUCCAUUGUUUUCUCGUGCUGAUAAAAGCAUUGCUACAGAACUGACACUAUUAAGCAUGCAUUAUCAUCCUUCAGUUGCUGUGUUUGCUUCAAAUUUGCUCAAUGGUGUAUCGAUACGAUAUGACAGUGAUCCAUUGCUCGAUUUUACUCAGAUGCGCUUUCUUGACCGUUUCGUGUUUCGGAAUCCUAAAACGAAAGAUACAAAUGAGAAAGUUAUGCGGCGCAAAGUUUAUGAUCCUCACGGCGUUAGGAAGCUUCCAGUUAUAUCGAAGGAAUAUGCUGCAAAAAGCAGAAAUGAAAUACCUAUUGAUGAGAGGUUUCUGCAUCGUUUUGCAUUAAUGAAAAUGCGGAUGAAGGAAGAAAACAAAAACGAUGCUGUUCAUGAUAAUGACGAUGAUAUUGAAAGCGUCAACUCCGAUGAGUUCAAUAUGUUGCUAAAUCGUUUUGAGCCGGGUGAACGAAGAGAAGUAUUUGAUGUUAACUUCAGUCAGGAAUUUAGCAUUGAGAAGAAGACGAAAAAGAAGAAAGGAAUGAAAGGCCAGAAGCGACCAUUUGAAAAUGAUACUGACGAGGAGGAAGAGGAUGAUAUAGAAAAAAGGGAAAUGAUGGAUGUUGAUGAAGAUGAAGAGCUUGAAGAUUGGAGUGGAGAGGAUGUUGAGCCCAUACUGGAAUUGAUUUUAAAGGAAGAAUCAGAUGCUGAGACAGAAGAAGAAUCAAGUGAAGGCGAAUUUGUGAAAUGGACAAAGGAUAUUUAUGAUAGUGAUGAUUCAGAUGAUUUCGCUCAACAAUUCAAUUAUGUGGAAGACGCUAUAAUAAGUGCUGAUAAGCUGUGCAUUCCAUCCCGAGAACAAAAUAAUUUGUGUAAAGAAUAUGGUAAAACUGUGAGAAAUGAUCGUAACAAUAGUGGAACUGAUUUGAAUAUGAAUAUGAAUGCAUAG